AUGGCUCACUUCAGGAGGUUGGAUAUCACCAACCUCACUGCUUUGCCAGUGGUGCCCCUGGAUGACCACCUGGCUGUUUCCCUGAUUGCGCAGAACGCACUCAAGGACGCCACGAGGAAGACUCUGAAGGACAAUAUGCCCUCGUGCCUGGUCGGCUCCAUUCAGCAGGUGAACCGGAUGAUUGCUGACAUAGAUCUGAGUCCCAGCCCGCUGGUGCAUGGCCUGGCAAUUGAGAAAUAUGAGAUGGAGAAGAAGGCUUUAAAAAGAGAGCGAAGUCGCGGCGGCUUGGCAGACAGAGAAAAGAGCGAAGGAAAAUCACAGUAUAUUUGCAAGGGCUCAGAAUUCAGGAAUGUCAAAUCUUUCGUUAUCAAAAGGAAAACAGCCGAUAAAAAUCUCCUGGCGGAGCUGUACCAGUACCCAUCCUUUGACGACUCUAGGCCAAACAAUCUUCCAAAUGGGGUGGACUUCUGUGACUUGGUGGGCAACGUGAUCCUGGCUGAGAAAAACCCCCUUAGCGGCAAGUCUUUCUGUUCAGGUAGAGAAUUAGAGAAGUUUCUCUCUUCCCCGUCUCUAAGAGCUAUAUGGCUGGAUAGCUUCUGGUGGAUCUUUCAUGAAAGGUACCAGCCAAAGAAGGACGUCCAGAGCAAGCUGUUCGACCGGAUAGCCCAGAACUAUGCUUUUCUUUUGUUUUGUGAAUCCAGGACCCACUACGAAGAGGCUCUCUUAAAAAGGUUGCCAUCGCUUCUGAGUAAAGCCCUGUACACCAGCUUCUGCUGCUGCUUCCCUCAGUCCUGGUUCAACACACACGAGUUCAAGUCCGACAUCUGUAACACGAUGAGCCUGUGGAUUGCAGGUAUAUAUCCUUGCCCACACAGCUAUAACAGCUGGGACUACUCAAAACUGGAUCCAGAGAGGUUCCGGAGAGAAGAAUUAAUGUUGCAGAGAAGACUGAAGGGUAAGGAAGUGCUCCGUGUGGAAGGCCACUCAGAACAGGAGGACCUGCUGUCAUCACAGCAUACCUAUCAUCCUCCUGUUUUGAGGAAACCCACAAAACAAGUCAGGAGGAUAUCAGAAGCAAGAGAACUUGAGAAUAUGCUUCCUAAGCAGUCUUACCCUGCCUGCAAAAGCCCUCCGCUGACUCCAAACCUCUUCAACAUUUAUGGGAAGAGUCCUCUGAUUGUGUACUUUCUCCUGAACUACUCCACCCUGCAGCAGCAUGGCCAAGACCUGUUGAUGGUCAGGAGAGAAAGAACCAAGACCAUCCCUGAGUCCACCCUGACAUACGCUGAGGUCAUCAACCUGACCCUAAGCAACAUGAAGAAGAGGAGGGAAAACUUCCAGCAGCUGAACUGGCUUCACUGGAGUGAGUGGAAUUAUUUUGACGAGUACCUGAAGGAACUGCAGGACAACUUCCUCAGGGAGGUGAAGAAUAUUGAUCAAAGAGCGAAAGACAAAAAAAAGGCAAACCACAUGUUCAUCCAGGCUUCAACCUUCCUUGAGGACACUCCUGAAAAGAAGUCUAGAAGAAGUCAUCAGAGGGAGACUGAGUUUGUUGAGGUUUGUUUGAACAAAGACCAUAGAAAAAGUAGAAAUGUGAACAUUGAAAAGGAAGAGAGGGAUGGAGAAUGGAAACAGAAUUCGACUGACUCUUCCUUCUCACCAUCAAGCACUGAUGAGGUCCCUUCCGUGUAGGAACUAGGAAGCUCCUACAAAAUUUCUGACGUUCCUGCUAUUUCCAAGCUUUCUUGA